AUGUUUUUUGACUUGAACAUUCCGAUACCUCUUUCUUCCUUCCCGUCAACAGCGCAAUCAAGGAAGGGGAAAGGAAAACAAACGAACGCGGAAACUCCCCCAGCCUCUGUUUUCUCCCCCGCUCAGGUCAAUGCCUUGGAAUCACGCAUUAACCUGCUUCUUCAAUUAGGAUACACGGUACUUGCGUUCAACCAGGUCGUGCACAAAAAGGUCGACCCGAAAUCACAUUGCAACGUUCUUGAUAGUCUUCUACCACAACUGAAGCAUCGCUCGGGAGUCAUAUUUCUGAAGCGAUUGACGAUUAUAUUGGAUGAAGACAGCGAGAAAGGAUUCGGCCUUAUCAAUGCCAACAUCCCGAUGUUCAAUUCCUACGAUCUCAUUUCUUUGUUACCAACCUCCGCAACCACUUUCUCGCUAGCUUGCCUGACACAUAGCCUGCCCUCACAGCUCACUGCGCAUAUCAUAUCUCUCCCCCUUACCUUGCCCCGACUUCCAUUUCGCAUGAAGCACACUCUGAUUCGUACGGCGCUGAAGAAUGGCGCAGUUUUCGAAAUCAAUUAUAUAGGCGCGCUAGGUGGAGAGAACGAUCCGUGUUUAGUAAAUGCGGACGCAGCCAUAAAUGAUAGCAGCGCGAAGCGCAAUUGGUGGGCAGCCUCGAGAGAACUAUGUCGGGUCACGAAAGGCAAGGGGAUACUGGUGAGUAGUGGAGCUGUAGCAGAUGCCGAUCUCAGGGCACCCCGAGACAUUGGUAACAUCAUUUCUUUAUUGGAUGUCCCUCAAAAUACCGCACGCGACUCUAUGUCGACAUUGCCCCGAUCACUUGUUAAACGCGCUGAAACACGGAAAACAUACCGUGCGGUGCUUUCCGAACCGAGGGUCGUCAUCCCAGAAGGGCCCUCGCAGCCGAAGCUCAACGCUCCCGUUACUGUAACUCCCUUGAGCAGCGCGCACAAUGGCGCUAAUCUCAGAGCCGAUAUCGCCGUCCAUGAUAUCAUUGCCGAGCCGCAAGGAGGCUCGGAAUGCGGACCCACUAAUGAAAGAGACGGUCGAAGUGGGCCCGUCGAGAUCUCGCGCACUAACGGACAGAAACGCUCCCGCGAGGAUGUCGAAAAGCAGGCCGUAGCGGCUCCCGUUGAUAAUGAAACCAGAAAAAAGAAACGCAAGAAGAAUAAAGAUGGUCGCGGUUUAACCGUAUCAACCAGUGGCGCAGGGAGUUAA